UACGGUCCCACGCAAUUGCAACCACAACAUUUUGGAUUUUAUUUUCUGUGUGUUUUUCCAAAAUUUCCGCCGAUUCCAGCUCUGAGCUUUUGUGGUUUUCCCGAAAAUUGUGUGCAUCUCCAUGUGAAUGCAACAAGGCGCGAUAGAAAUCACUGGAAUUUGAUGCCCUACCACAGGCAUGGCGGUCAAGGUGCAAUUCGAAAUUGGCCACACGUCGAAGCUGCGCAGCAAGAAGACCCCGCAGGGGUUCACCCACGACUGGGAGAUCUACGUGCAGGGCGUCAACAAGGCGGACAUCAGUGCCUUCGUCGAAAAGGUGGUCUUUGUGCUGCACGAAUCGUUCCUCAAGCCCAAAAGAGUGGUCAAGGAGCCGCCGUAUGCCAUACAGGAGUCGGGCUACGCCGGCUUUCUGCUGCCCGUGGAGAUCUACUUCCGCAACCGCGACGAGCCCAAGCGCAUUAUCUACCAGUACGACCUGGUGCUGCAGUCCACGGGUCCGCCGCAGCACCACGUCGAGGUGAAGACGCACAUCUUCGAAGCCCCGUCGGAGGAGUUCCGAGCGAAGAUGAUGCGCGGCGGUGGAGUCCCUGUAUUUGGGGCCAACAUCGGUGCCAGCAGCCUCACCCGAACGCUUUCCCCCAGUGUUGGCAGCGGCGAAACGCCGCCCAACAGUGAGAUGGCUGUGGUCAAAGCCAAAGGCGUGCCCGGCACCAUCUCGAUGAACGUUGAUCUCGGCACCGGCAAGAAGCACAAGUCGCGCAACGAGGAUCCCGGCAAGAGCAAUGCCUUCUCCGCCCUCUUUGGCCCGCCCAUCACAAAGGGCAGCGCCACGACGAACAACCUGGCCUUGGUACCCGCCUCCAAGCACUCGCCAGACACCAAGACCGUGGCCGUCAGCGGCAAGGGCAGCUCCCACGAGGGCAGGGAGAAGACAAACAAGGAUCGAGACAAGUCGAGCAGUGGGGACAAGCCGCGGGAAAAGGACAAGAAGGAUCGCCAUGGUCGCGACAAGGACCGUAAGUCUAGCAAGUCCGGCGACGGAAAGCAUGAGCGGGACAAGGAGAAAUCGAAGAAGGACAAGACACGCGACAAAGAUCGUGAGCGCGAACAAAGCUCAGGCAACACGUCAUCCGCCGGCGGGCUUACAGUAGCAGCGUCUACCGCUGCGGUGGCCGCUGGGGCGCUGGUUAAACACACGGCGAGCCCCAAGCCUGGCAAGCCAAACGAAAUGGGUGCGCCCAGUCCCAAGAAGACUGCAAAUGAUGCGACUGCCAGUGCGGCCGCACCUGCUUCGCGUUCCAAAGAGCGCGAUGAGCACAAGUCGGGCAAGUCCGAUACCAAGGACAAGGAGCGCAGCUCCAGUAAAAAGUCCAAGAAGGAAAAGAAGGACAAGGACAAAGAGCGCGACCGGGACAAGGAAAAGCAGCGCGAUGAGAGCAAAGACAAGCGAAUGCCCAAGGAGGAGCGUUCAGGCCAGAGUGACAGUCCGGCAGCCGGAAACGCUCCACCUGCCCAGCAGCUGCAGCAAUCCCAAGGGGCCAGUACGGGUAAGGCCACGCCCACAUCCGUGGGCAGCAACAGCAGCAGCAGCGUGGUCUCCAACAGCGGCAAGCAGAAGGAAGAGGGCACGAGUAAGCAUAGCGAGAAGACCACAGAACCCAAGGCGGACAAGGGCACGAGCAAUGGCAGUGCGGCUGAAUCCAAGAAGUCCCACAAACACAAGAAGAAGGACAAAAGUAAGGACAAGGAAAAGGAACGCAGCGAUCGCGACAAGGACAAGGACAAGGAGCGCGACAAGGAGAAGCCGAAGGAAAGAGAAAAAGACAAGCAGUCGGUGCCCAGUGUAGAAAAGCAAUCAGGCGCGGAGCCAUCGCCCAAAACAGCGGGCGCCAGUCCAGCCACCGAGGGAGGAGCGGCGGACAAGCCGGCAGUUAGUAGCAGUAGUGGUAGCAAGAAGGACAAGCACAAAAAGUCAAAGGAGAAGUCCUCCGGCAAGGACGAGAAGCGUCAGCGGGAGACCGGCGACAAGCAAGCCGAUGCAAAGCACACGGGAAAACAGCAGCAGCAGUCACAGCCGCAGGCGAGUCAGAACAAGGCUCCCAGCAACCUGGAUCUUAGCGACGUGGACUCGGCCCAGUCGGCGCCGGAUCUGGCUGCCACCAACGCUUUGGCUGCAGCAGCGGCAGCCACUCUCCAGCAUUCUGACAGCUCCAACAGCAGCUUUCCGGACUUACCCGCCCGGAGCAGCAGCCAACAAAAGCCAACUAAGGGGAGUGCGGGUUCUGGCAAGGAGGCGAAGCCUGCCGGCAAGGAACACAAGGGCAAGUCCAAGCAGAACGACAAGAACAGCGAUAAAAACAGUGAAAAGUCGGAGAAAGCCGAAAAAACUCCAGAUGCCAAGACGGACAAAUCGGAGAAGGCGGAAAAGGAUGAAAAGAAGCGCAAUCGGCGGAACUCGCAGAACAGUAACAGUGGAGGAGCGGCCGGUGGCUUUAUAGAGCCCCCGGUAAAGGCCUCCAAAAAGGAUCAAAACAAGGCACCGCGCGAGAAAUCCAAGUCGCCGUCGUUGCGUCCAGCCCGGGAUACCAACUCCACGGGGUCAGGAGCCGCGGCGCCCAAUGCCGGAUCCGGGUUCCUGCCACCGCCAUCGUCUUCGCCCAGCAACAAUCAUGCCGCCGCCGUAACGCCAGCUAGCUUAAACAAUAACAAUAUCAACGCCAACAGCAACAGCAGCCAUUCGCCCGCUGAUAUGACGACGCCCGGACAACUGCAACUGCCAACGGAGUAUUUAAGUGAGCUGCAGGAGCUGCACCACAAGAUCAUGACGCUGCAGGACAACGAGGAGCUGCAGCACGUGGUGGAGAUGAUCGCGGCCACCGGCUGCUACGAGCUCACGCACAAGACGUUCGACUUCGACCUGUGCAAGCUGGACCGCAGCACCGUGCAACGUCUGCAGGAGUUUCUGGCCACGUCGGUGUCGUGACACUCCCUGACCCCCGCGACCGGCCCGGCUCUCUACAGCUAGACGAUGCACAACCCCUCAUGCACAUAACCAAAUCAUUAAGCUUAAAGUUAACGUUGUAAGCCAAAUGCGAAUUAACUUGGCUCGCACACAGCCUCAAUUCCCCUUGCCUAGAUCCUAAGUUGUUAGCCCGAAGGGCACACAAGACCCGAACGAUUUCGCUUUUGAAAGUACUGAAAUCGCCCCUUAGUUUUUGAGACUCAUUUGAUUUAAGAUCUAUUUUAUAUGUUUCGGAAUCCUAUUCGUUUGUAACUCGAUGAUUUUAAUACUGUUCGCAUUUUUAACGGUCGCUCAUAAAUUAAAUAAUUUUACUUUAAUGGUUACACUUGCUUACACCAAGAGUGUACUCCUUUUAAAACCCGUUUCCAAGUCUAGUUUGCGCUAGUUGAACUCUUAAGAGAUAAGAGUCAGAUGACCCUAUUUUUUACUAAAGUUUUUAAAAGUGCUCACCAAAAGGGCGAAGUUUGUAAACUAGUGUUAAACUUGCGAAUAAAUUACCACUUUUGUACGACAUUACGUA